AUGGCAACGGCAGAGCCAACCACUACGGCAGAACUGUCAGAACUAAAACAACAGCGAGCCUCGACGAAAGCGAGUAUUUCAAGAAUCAAGGCGUUCGUCAAAGGAAAGAGUAAUUCGCUCUCACAACCAGAACUGAAAUGUCGACUAGGUAUUUUAGAAUCAUAUUUUAAACAAAUCUUAGCUUUUCAGACGUUGAUCGAGAAAUUAGAUGCAACUGACUCAGCUAGAGAUGAAUUAGAAGACCUAUACGUUUCCACCAAAAUAUUAAUCAUGUCUCAACUGCAGGAAGAGGCCCACAAUGCAUCAGUGCUAGACGUAACAGCAAUGAUGCCCACCUCAAAUCGCGAAAUAUACCUCACAAAUAUUGAAAAAUUUAAUCACUUACUGAAUUGCCUUACUGGUCAAGCUCUAGAGACAGUACAGGCAUUUCCUAUUUCGAAUGAAAACUAUCCAAAGGCUCUGGAUAGGCUUAAAUCGCGCUAUGACAAUAAUAGCCUAAUCUUCGCCGAAAAUAUCGCGACACUAUUUGAUCUACCAGCAGUAUCGGGUCAGUCAAGCCAACAACUUCGUAGUCUGGUAAACAAUGCAUCCGCUUUGUAUGGUUCACUCUGUUCGCUAGGUACAGAGAAACAAAUAUGUGAGGCUCUACUUAUCUCGCUAAUCAUGCAAAAAACGGACGCAAUUACACGUAGGAAAUGGAAUGAAUCGCGUAACUUCGACACAUUACCCAGUUGGGAAGAUUGCUCAAAAUUAUUGGAUAGGCAUUGCCAGUUUCUCGAAUCACUCGACAGUGGAAACGGCAAUCAGUCAUCAUCACAACGUAAACCUAAUAAUCGUAACUCCAAGAGUAACAGACGCUCAAAACAAUACGCAUUUGUUGCAUCUACAUCCAGCAAUUCUUGCUCAUUUUGUUCUAGCAAUGAACACCUAAUACAGAAUUGUCAUCGUUUUAAGGCACUGGAGGUGGUUCAAAGGUUUGAAAAGGUGAAGAGCCUAAAACUCUGCAUAAACUGCUUAUCGCCACGCCAUCAUGUGGUUAAUUGCACAUCAACGUUUAAAUGUAAGGUUUGCGCAAAGCCACAUCACACUCUCUUGCAUCAUUCGCAAUUGCCAACGAAUAUUAAGAGCGCGGGAUCAUCACGACGCACAGAACACGCUGCUAUGCCCAACGACAACGUUGCCAGCCAUUCCCAUUUUAAUAUGUCAUCGGCCGAGCAAAUAAUUCUAGCUACUGCAUUGGUUUUAGUGAAGGAUUCAUCGGGAAGUUAUCAAGUGGGUAGAGCCUUGCUUGAUUCAUGCUCUCAGGUCAACUUCAUAACGGAGGAGUUUUCAAAGAAGCUUAGUUUAGCAAAACAUAAACAUCGGUUGCAUGUUUCCAGUAUUGGUAGUUCGUUGACCAACAUAAAGUAUCAGACGCUCACAUCAAUCAAAUCUCGUCAUUCAAAUCUUGAACUUGCUUUAAACUUUGGUAUUACGAAUCACAUCGCAUAUCAACCAAGUUCUGAAAUCGAUAUAUCGUCGUGGAAGGUUCCACCAAAUACACCUCUCGCCGAUGAGCAAUUCUUUAAAUCCAAGCGCGUUGAUCUCUUGCUUGGAGCUGAAAGUUUCUUUGAUAUUUUGUCUGUCGGUCAAAUCAAACUAGGUGAAAAUUUUCCAGUACUUCAAAAAACACUAUUAGGAUGGAUUGUAUCUGGCAAGUACAAGGGUCAGCCAUUUGCAUCACCAGCAGCAAAAUGCCUAUUAUCAGUUGAAGAUACAGUCUCCGAUCAAUUAGAAAUGAUGUGGAAGAUAGAGGAAGUGCAAUCGGCUUCAAAGUCAUGGUCACCAGCACAUGUUGCGUGUGAGUCAUUAUAUCGUGAAACGGUUCACCAAAAUGCGAUGGGAAGAAUUGUCGUUCGGUUACCAUUCAAAGAUUCACCAGAUUGUCUUGGUUUGACACACAAUAUCGCCUUGCGCCGUUUUUAUUCUGUAGAACGGCGAUUGUCAUCUAAUCGUGCACUGAAGCAAGACUAUCAAGAAUUCAUGAAACAAUAUCGAGAGCUCGGACACAUGACGCGUGUUGAGACUCCGAAACCCAACGAACCUCAUUAUUAUAUCCCUCAUCAUUGUGUUUUAAAACCGUCGAGCACUUCGACCAAGCUGAGGGUGGUUUUUGAUGCGUCAUGUCCAACAACUUCGCAACGUUCAUUAAAUGAUAUUCUACUGGUCGGCCCGACAAUUCAGUCGGAGUUAUAUUUGUUGCUACUUCAAUUUCGUUUGCACCGAUAUGCCUUGACGGCUGACAUUGUUAAGAUGUACCGACAGAUACUGAUAGAUGAACCAGAUCGAAAAUUCCAAUAUAUUUUUUGGCGAGAUACGGAGUCCGAUCCUGUUAGUACUUACGAGUUGAAUACAGUCACUUAUGGUACUGCAUCAGCACCUUUUCUAGCAACCAGGAGUUUGCAGUAUUUGGCGGACAAAUUUGAAACACAAUACCCAAUAGGCGCUGCACUCAUUAAAUCAUCGUUCUUUGUCGACGACUUCUUAGGUGGAGCAGAUUCCAUUGAUCAACUCACCAAUAUCAGACAUCAGUUAACGGCCAUUCUACAGAAGGGUUGCUUCGAUCUUGACAAAUGGCAUUCAAACCAUCAUGACUUCAUUAGCGAUACUACAACAAAGAGUUUGAAUCUUGAUACAGAUACAGUCACCAGCGCUCUAGGCAUCAAGUGGCACCAAAUGCAAGAUGUUUUCCUAUUUUCGUUCAAUGCACAACCAGGUCAUAUUGUAACAAAACGCACCAUCUUAUCCCUUGCGUCUUCAUUAUUCGACCCGCUUGGAUUACUAGCACCGAUCAUACUCGUAGCCAAAAUUAUGAUGCAAGAAUUGUGGCUUUUGCGUGUGGACUGGGACGAGUCAAUCCCUCAAAAUCUUCACUCAGCUUGGAAAACAUUUAUUCAAGAUCUUACAACGCUUUCAUCGGUUAAGGUGCCGAGAUACUGCCUAUCCAUAAACUAUCAACAGGUUGAUGUACACGGUUUCUGUGACGCUUCAAUACGCGCAUAUGGUUGCUGUAUAUUUCUCCGAUCACAAAACACAUCAGGUAAGGUGACGGUCAGGCUAUUCACUGCAAAAUCCCGUGUGGCACCUAUAAAGCGGAAGUCGCUACCUAAACUAGAACUCUGUGGUGCCUUACUUCUUGCCAAACUGUAUCAGAAGGUCCAACCAAUAUUUGCGCAAUUUAAGGGUGAAACGUUUUUUUGGACUGAUUCACAGAUUGUAUUACAUUGGUUGAAGCAGCACUCAUCAACCCUGUCUGCAUUCGUUGGCAAUCGAGUAGCGGAAAUUCAAGAUAUUACCGCAAAUGGGCAAUGGAGACACGUUCCUACCCAAUCCAACCCGGCAGAUGUUGUGUCGCGCGGCUGUAACAUCCGCCAAUUAUCAGAGUCUUGUUGGUUUACGGGGCCGGAAUUUUUGUUACUCGCUGAUAAAUACUGGCCGCAUUUGAAAUGUCACAACCUGGAUAUGGAAGAAGUCAAUAAAGAGACGCGAAAGGUUGUAUUCGUUAACACAAAUGAAGACAACUACGUAUUACAGGUAUUGUCAAGAUAUAGUUCAUACACUAAGAUGCUACGAGUAAUAGCGCAGGUACAGCGUUUUUAUCAUGUAACCAAGAAUAAAUUGAAGAACGGAGAAUGUACCCUCCAACCUAUUCAGCUACAAAAGACAUUGCACUGUAUUAUUUGGGUCAUCCAACAGCAAUUCUUCGAAAUUGAUAUACAACGCCUACAACGAGGGAACCCAGCCGAAGGUACAUUAAAGCAUCUAAAUCCCUUCCUGGACAAUGUAUUCGGUUAUCAAUUACUAAAGGUGGGAGGUCGCCUCGAGCUGAGUGACAUCUCAGUAGGCCAACGUCACCCUAUUUUGUUGCCGAAGGGCUGUUAUUUUGUGGAACUUUAUGUUCGGCAUAUACACUUGUGCAACUAUCAUGCAGGCGCAAAAGCACUAAUUGCCCUUACUCGACUAAACUUCUGGAUAAUUAAUAUUCGAGAAAUUGCACGCCGAGUCGUGCACUCGUGUAUUCACUGCGUGCGUUAUAAACCCAAACUACUUAAUCAAAUGAUGGGUAAUCUCCCAAUCGAACGCCUCACUCCAAGCCGUCCAUUCGCGCGUACUGCGGUAGAUUUUUGCGGUCCGAUAUUAACGUAUCUCCGAAUUCGGGGACGGGUUCCAUAUAAGACCUAUAUAGCCGUGUUCGUUUGUCUGUCUACAAAGGCAGCUCAUCUAGAAGCCGUGUCAGACUUAUCUACGGAGGCAUUUAUUGCAGCACUGAAAAGGUUAAUCGGUAGACGAGGGUUACCAUCAGACAUCUAUUGCGACAACGCCACGAACUUCGUUGGGGCUAACAACAAACUAGCAGAGUUAAAAAGAAUGUUUUUCGAGAAGUCUAAUCAAGUGAUGCUGCAGACCUUUUGCAGCAACCAAUUCAUAAAUUUCAAUUUUAUACCGCCCCGAGCACCUCACUUUGGAGGUCUAUGGGAAGCGGCUGUAAAAAGCGCGAAAGGCCAUCUGUAUCGAACACUAUCAAAUACUCGAUUCACCUUUGAGGAGCUUGGAACAGCACUGAUUGAAAUCGAAGCUAUCUUAAAUUCGCGACCAAUCACACCUCAUUCUUGUGACCCGAGCGAUUAUGAAGCGCUAACGCCAGCACAUUUUCUUAUCGGUGGGCCGCUCAAAACUUUAUCUGAACCAAGUCCUCAGUAUGAAUCUGCUUCAUUAAUUGAUAAAUGGUCUCGUAUAACCGCAGUCAAACAUCACUUCUGGCGCAGAUGGUCUAGAGACUAUCUGAAUGAGCUGCAGAUACGCACCAAAUGGACAGAAGAACAAUCUAACAUCACCGAGGGGGCUCUGGUUUUAAUCCAUGAAGACAAUAUGCCUCCACAACGCUGGUUGAUGGGCCGAAUCGUGCAUUGCAUCAGGGGUCCAGAUAAUUUGGUUCGUGUUGUUGAUGUGCAAACCCCAAAAGGAGUAAUACGGCGUCCAAUCCACAAACUCGCACUAUUACCAAUUGAAAAUCCUUUCAAGGGGGGCGGGAU